AUGCCCACUUUGUCCGCGGCGCCUGAGCUCUGUUCCGGCGGCCGCAUAGAGCGGCACAAACUCGAAUCGACCAUUAUGAGCCCAGAGCAAGAAGCAAGUCCGCCUCCUGCUGCACCAGGAGCGUCUCCCCCUCCGCCGCCGUCCACAAAUCUACCAUCACCAAGCAUAUCGCAACAAGAUACAUCGGAUGUGGAGCAAUUCUCCGGCAAGAUCGUGUACAACCCCGACGGUUCCGCUUACAUCAUCGAAGAUUCGGAGAGCGAAAAUGAAAGCACCGCGAUUCCUAAUAUUCCAGAGAUCGUUCCACCUCUCCAGGCUGUUUACGUGUCGCGAUUACUUCGUCAGGCGACAAGGCAGGCGGAACCGCCGGCGGUGCACAGUUAUCGUGUCGUAGCGUUAAGGGACGCGAGACCUCCGAGGCCGGCAUCGGUACCAAUUAAACCAAUUUUAAUGUGCUUCGUGUGUAAACUCAGUUUUGGUUUUGCGCGAUCGUUUGCCAAUCACGCUCAAGCAGAACACGGGGUUACGCUACAGGACACUGAACGUGAAGUGCUAGCGGCGGACAGUUCGGCAAUUUUGCAAUGCGUGGGUGCCGAGAAGAUACCGAUAGUGUCGCUACUGGAACCUCUCGGUACCACUCAGUCCGCGUCUGAGAAUCACAUGGGUACGAUUUCCAUCACGUCGAACCUGCUACGCGGCGAACAACCAUCACCUUCCUCCGAGAUGCCGCCGACGUCUUCACGAACCACGCCUGGAAAAUCACCGUCCCCUCCUUUUGUACAUCCUCCUGCCUUUCUGUCGGGCACCACGAUCGGUGUCUGUCCCGAGCAUAUCCAGGGUCGACCUUCGGGGGUGGACUGCACGAGGUGCGAGAUGAUUUUGGCGUCCGGUAGAUUGGGACCUGCAGGUCUGGGCAAUGUGCAUAGUAGAAAUUCUUGUAAAACACUUAAGUGCCCCAAAUGUAAUUGGCACUACAAAUACCAAGAAACGUUAGAAAUUCACAUGAAAGAGAAGCAUCCAGAGACUGAGACCAGUUGUAUAUAUUGCAUAGCUGGUCAACCCCACCCUCGCCUGGCGCGGGGUGAAACAUACACGUGUGGUUACAAACCUUAUCGUUGCGAGGUUUGUAAUUACUCAACCACAACCAAAGGUAAUCUCAGUAUACAUAUGCAAUCGGAUAAGCACUUGAACAACAUGCAAGAGUUGCAAAACGGAGGAGCGCCCACGACGGAUUCCCGACAGUCAUCUCCAAAGGCUCCCCCAAUCCACCACUCCCCUGUAAGUAGCGGCCAUAAACCCAAACCCAGCUUUCGUUGCGACGUUUGCAAUUACGAAACAAACGUGGCGAGGAACCUGCGUAUCCACAUGACAUCAGAAAAGCAUACGCACAACAUGCUGGUGCUACAGCAGAACGUGAAGCACAUGCAGACACUAUCCGCGCUGCACCACCAGCAACAGUCACAGCAGCACAUGGAGAACCUCUACGGCAUGUACCCGGGUCUUGGAGACAAACCAGAAGCGGCUUUGGCCGACAUGGCCUACAAUCAGGCCUUGUUGAUACAAAUGAUGACCGGCGGACAACUGCCAGGGCACGCGGGUCCCGCCGAAAUGGCCGUGCACUCCGACAUGGGUCUCAAUCCGGACACGAUGGAGCCGCCGCCCGAACCCGCGGAUCCCGAUCCGCAGAAAACCUACCACUGUUGCGUUUGCAAUCUUUUUAGUACGGACAAUCUCGAAGAUUUAGGUCGACACUUGGCGCAAGAUCGGACGAGGUUGCGAGAGCAGGAAAUUUUAGCACUAAUCGCGGGCCACUACGUCUGCAAGUUGUGCACGUACAAAACUAACCUAAAAGCUAACUUCCAACUACAUUGUAAGACUGAUAAACAUCUACAGAGACUGCAACACGUGAACCAUGUUAAGGAAGGUGGACCUAGAAACGAGUGGAAAUUGAAGUACGCGUCAACGCCUGGUGGUGUACAAAUACGGUGUAACGCUUGUGAUUAUUAUACAAAUUCGGCGCAUAAGCUCCAACUUCACGCCGCCGGCGGACGGCACGAGGCGGGCGUUGCGCUUUUAAAGUACCUGGAGGAGCGUUGCUCUUCGUUCAGACAUGAACAGCCGCGCGUGUUUCAUUGCGUUCUCUGUGGUUUCUCAUCAACGAAUCGUUUACCUUUGUUACAACACAUCAAAUCCCUAAAACAUCUCCAUUUAGAACAGUUACAUCAGCUGCAAAGGCGAGCCGAGGGGAAGGAGACGACGGCCGACAUCGGGGAGGUUUUCCAAGUAGUCCCAGGACCCUUCGAUCAACAGACACCUGAACGCAGAGACAGCACAAAUUCGGAACCUCACCAUCCGGAUCCGACUAGAAAUCAAUUAAAAAGCGAACUUCACGACGAUAGCGAAGAAAUAAAUAAUUCCGAAUCCGAAUCUCCGUUACACAUGUGCCCGUAUUGCAAUUACACGAGCGAUUCAGAGAUGCGAAUUCAGGCUCACGUUUUAGCCCAGCAUAGCGCUCACGGUUCAUCGGAUAUGAUGCUGAACUGUCCCUUAUGCCAAGAUUCGUUCAAAGACAGAUCGAACUUGGAAAAGCACGUGAUGCAAAUACAUUCGGUGAACAGCGAGGGUUUACAGAGACUUCUGAUGCUAGUCGAUCAAAGCCACUGGUUGAACCAGGUGUCAAGAACGCCGACGCCUAAUCACUCGAAUAGUCAAAUGCAGACGCCGCCAAAUCAAAUGGUCUCGCCGAAUUCGGUUUCUUCCAAAGAUUAUAAUAAAUUAGAUAGAGACGCGAAUCAUUUGGAGGUGGAGGGCGACAUAAUGUCACCGAACAGUGACGAGAACGUCGACAUGGAAACGGAAAAGUGCGGGACUUGUUAUAAGAACUUCAAAAACAUCGACGAACUGUGCUCGCAUCAGAACGAAACGGGCCAUUUGGAGAUAAAGCAAACGCCGAGCGGUCCGGGAUAUAUGUGCUGGAAGAAAGGGUGCAACCAGUUUUUUCCUACGGCUCACACCUUACAAAUGCACUUCAAAGAUGUCCACGCCAAAAAUUCCAUUACGCAUAUGUCGGUCUCCGAGAAACACGUGUACAAAUAUAGAUGCAAUCAAUGCUCAUUAGCCUUUAAGACUUUAGAAAAAUUACAAUUACAUUCUCAGUAUCACAUCAUUAGGGACGCCACCAAGUGCGUUUUAUGCGGAAGGAGUUUUCGAUCGGUGGUGGCGCUCCAUAAGCACGUAGAAAGUGUUCACUCCGAAUUGACCGACGAGGAGUUGGCGGCGUACAAACAAAGCUUGAUGAACAAUCCACUUUUGUUAGCGGGCUUGCAAGGGCAGGUACUCGACAGUUCGACCAAUGACAUUCUAAAAAAGGAGUCCUUGCGAUGUGACGACACGGAAUCUCUGGACUGCGACGACGGCAAAGAUCUCAACACCAGCCACGACGACAGUAAUCAGAACGACGGCGACAAUUCGGACGACAGCAUCGUUUAUAAAGAUCAGCAAUUCCUGGAAGAUUACCUGAACAGUCAGGCCAUGGCCGAAGAUAGUUACAAUGACCCUAAUAGAAAAUACAAAUGCCACCGGUGCAAGGUAGCGUUUACGAGGCAAAGUUAUUUAACCGCCCACAAUAAAACCCUUCUGCAUAGAAAAGGCGAGAAACUUAGCUACCCCAUGGAGAAGUACCUGGACCCCAACCGACCUUACAAAUGCGAUGUUUGCAAAGAAAGUUUCACGCAAAAGAAUAUACUGUUAGUGCAUUACAACUCGGUUAGUCAUUUACAUAAAUUAAAAAGGGCGAUGCAAGAGCAGCAGAACAACAACAACAACCCUCCUGUUUCACCGGUAAUAAACCAGCCGCAGAAUCUCACUUUGACACCGAAAAGCACGUCGUCGGACGAGGACGACAAAAAGAGAUACCGCUGCAACAUAUGCAAAGUGGCUUACACACAGGGUAGCACCCUGGAUAUUCACAUGCGUAGCGUACUGCACCAAACUCGUGCCAGUAAAUUGCAAGAUUUGGCAUUAGCGGGACAAAUUGACCUUUCGAAACCGCUAAUCGAGCAGCCCGAAGCCAUGCAGUCUCCGAAACAGACAAGUCCCGCGCCCGGUAGUGGGGAAAAGGCGUCUCCCACCCCUAUGUCACCCGGGCCCGGUGCAGGUAGUCAAGGGAUGAUGAGCUGCCCUAAGUGCGGAGCCCUAUUUAGUUCGCAAGAUCAGUUAAGUGCACACCAGCAGCUGUGCUGUAUGUUCGCAGCGCCGAUGGCCAUCUUUCAGGCACAAGAGCCGGGUCAGGCGAAGAGCCCACCGCCGAGCGAGCAGGACCUCGUCAACCGCCUCCACCUGUCGAAGAAGACUGGUUCGCAUAUGUACAAACACUUGCUCGAAAGUUUCGGAUUUGAUCUAGUGAUGCAAUAUAACGAAAGCCAUCAGAGACGCCAAAGGCAGCGGGAAGCCGAGGAGAAAUUAGCGACGCCACCCCCAGCCGAUGAUGAGACGGAUGCACCCAGAGCCGAGGAGGACGCAGAAAACAACUUACCUGAAGUAAGUAGAUCUACGUGCCAACAUUGCAAUAAAGAAUUCUCUAGUGUUUGGGUGUUAAAGUCUCACUGUGAAGAAGUUCAUAAAGAUUUAGUGCCACUAGAAUUCUUAGAAAAGUAUGCUCAACAGUUCAAGAACGAAUACGAAAAGAAAUCGGUGGUCGUGACGGCUGCAACAUCCUCGACGCUUAACACCAACCCGCGAGUCACAACCCCAGGUGCACCCAGUACAUCGACCCCCGCACAUUCGGAGACGACUCCCGAGAAAGAGGACGAUUCGAAGGAAGCCCUCCACGCUAAACUAAAUUUAAAUACACCUCCCGAAGCAACGUCGACGGCACCCUCGACGCCCACGUCCUCGUCUACGCCGGCGAGCAGCACAGAUUCGGUACCCGCAAACAUUCAGGCGAUGAUCGCUCAAACGAUGGCACAAAAUCCGAUGACCUUCGCGCAACAAAUGUCCGAAAUGCAGGCGGCCCUUAACGUCAUGCAACUUCAACAGUUAAACUUUAACCCGAUGAUGCAAAUUAUGGGUAUGGGAUUACCUCUGGGUCUCAACGCACUCGCGGCCAUGAACUUACAACCGCCCCUCGUACCACUCAUGAUGCCACCACCACCUUACGAUCCCAUGACACAGUAUGCGCCACAAGAUCAGCAAGCGAUUCUAGCGAAACAACAAGCCAUGAUGCAACAGCAGGCGGCCGCUAACGCUGCAGCCAACCAAAAACGUGCAAGAACCAGAAUAACAGACGAACAAUUGAAAAUCUUACGUUCGCAUUUCGAUAUUAACAACUCCCCAUCUGAAGAUCAAAUACAAGACAUGGCCUCUCAGAGCGGUUUGCCGCCAAAAGUGAUAAAGCACUGGUUUAGAAAUACGUUGUUUAAAGAGCGACAGAGGAAUAAAGACAGCCCUUAUAAUUUUAAUAAUCCCCCUUCGACGACCUUAAAUUUGGAAGAGUACGAGAAGACGGGCGAAGCUAAAGUAAUACCUUUGAAUAGCUCGGGCAGUAGCACGGAUGACAAUUCAAAAAACUCGAAAGGUUCGCCUCCUCCGGGCGAUGUAAUUAAAACGGAGCCCAAAGAAGAACUAGACGAACAUCCCAAAUACAACAUGGAAGAUAAGCACCCGGAACCACUGGAUGAGAAACCUAAUAUUUUUCAUAUGCACCAACAGCUGCACCACCCUCCUCCUAGUCCGGUAACGUCCAUUUGUAAUUCGGAAAUUCAAAAUUUGUCACAAGCGGCGAGCCCGAACAUACCGAACAAUAUUACGUUAACGUCGAUAAUCGCCUCGCAACUUGGGGAUACCCUCACAACCACGACGGCACCGAAUACGCUCAAUUUAACCACCGCAAAUAACCUCCCCCUAACCAGUCCAAUGUUACCCCCUACAAAACUAAGUCAACAAAAUUUCGCUAGUCCAAACAACCUUCAAAAUAUUUUACCUAUGACCCCAAAUCGAUGCAUUAGUCCCAAUCGUGGCGAUUUUUUGGGAGGAAACGGCGGAAGCAGCAGUGGCAGCAACAGCUCCGGAGGCACCACCGGUAAAAGGGCGAACCGCACUCGAUUUACCGACUACCAAAUAAAAGUGUUGCAAGAGUUCUUCGAAAACAACGCCUACCCCAAAGAUGACGAUCUCGAAUACCUCUCCAAGCUUCUCAAUCUGAGCCCGCGCGUCAUUGUCGUCUGGUUCCAGAACGCGCGGCAAAAGGCGCGAAAGGUCUACGAAAACCAACCCGCCGUAGAUCCAGCUCCGGGAAUUGCCGAAGACGGCGGCGCCAAUCGUUUCCAACGAACGCCCGGCCUUAACUACCAGUGUAAAAAGUGCCUCCUAGUCUUCCAGAGGUACUACGAACUGAUCCGCCACCAAAAGACCCACUGCUUCAAAGAAGAGGACGCGAAACGAUCCGCGCAAGCACAAGCAGCCGCAGCUCAAAUCGCCGCCGUUCUCAGUUCCGAAGAUUCCAACUCGAGCACGACGGUCGAACAGAACCAGCAACAACCACAAAUGACGCACAACCCCCAAAUACCCCCAGCGGCACACAGUCCAAUCCGACCCAACCCUCCAACCACCCCAAACGCAUCAGUCGUAAACUUUCCGACAUCCCCAAUUCCAUCGUCCACCCCCAACGACUCCAAAGAAAGCUCAUACCAGUGCGACAAGUGCAAUUUAGUUUUUCCUCGCUUCGACCUGUGGAGGGAACAUCAGCUGGUGCACAUAAUGAACCCGAACCUCUUCCCAUCGUACCCGCCCGACUCGCCCUUCGGCAUUCUCCAACAACACGCCCAGUUGCAACAGCUUAACGCGAACCUAAACGAAAACUCGUCGGCGCCCGGCAUACAACACCCCCUAAUGAACAUGCUCAACAACGUCGCGGCGCAAAAGCGGAAGUUCGAAGACGACACCGAAAGCGACAUCUCCGAUCAGCCCAAAGACAAGCGGUUGCGAACGACGAUUCUGCCCGAGCAGCUCGACUACCUCUACCAGAAGUACCAGAUCGAAAGCAAUCCGUCGAGGAAGAUGUUGGAGAAUAUUGCGAGAGAGGUCGGGUUGAAGAAGAGGGUGGUCCAGGUGUGGUUUCAGAACACGAGGGCGCGCGAGAGGAAGGGACAGUUUCGGGCGCACGCCCAAGUCAUAAACAAGCGGUGUCCGUUCUGUCCGGCUCUGUUCAAAGUAAAAUCCGCGCUGGAGUCUCACUUGACCGCGAAACAUUCAGAUCAGUGCGCUCGUGGCGAAAUUAACAUUGACGCGUUGCCGGAUGAGGAAGUCAGUUUGGAGUCGGCGCCGAGCUUCAACUCGACGGGCGAAAAGUGCCAGCAGGUACUUCCACCUUUGUUUCCACCUAUGAACGCCGAGAUUGAGAGUUCGAUCAAGAAGUAUUACGAGGAGAGUAUGAAGAGGUACAUCAGCGAGUUACAGGCGCACGCCGCGUCCACUAAUGGCGAUAAGAGUGAGAUAAGAUCGAAGGAGGAUGGCGAGAUUCCGUUGGAUCUGUCGAAGCCUGUUGAUUUAUCUAGGCCGGUUAAGGUUUCGCUUGACCACGAGAAGGGGCUUUGUGAUCCGGGCCCGCUCACGGAUUUGAGCGAGAGGUCUAUGUGCGACGAGAGGAGCGACUCCAUGUCGGAAACCACCGAGUUUUUUGACGAUGAGAGUAAUCCAACUUCGCCUGCUAGUAGCACGCAAAGUACACAACAGCGGAUGGGUUCCUCCGUACCGUCGGGGAUGGGCUCGAAAAGGUACCGCACGCAAAUGUCGUCGGUUCAAGUUAAGGUGAUGAAGUCACUCUUCAACGAUUAUCGAACGCCUACGAUGGCGGAAUGUGAGAUGUUGGGGCGCGAAAUUGGCCUCCCGAAACGUGUGAUACAAGUUUGGUUUCAAAACGCCAGGGCGAAAGAGAAAAAGAACAAAAUUGCCUUACAGAAGGUUUUGGGGACGGCCGAACCUGAAAAUCCGAAACUGCCCGAGGAGUGCAAAUUCUGCUCGUUCAAAUAUUCGCAUAAGUACUCGAUUCAAGAUCAUAUAUUUACGAAGGGGCAUAUCGCGAAUGUUCGAAUGCAUUUGGAGAGCGCCAAUAAAGAUGGGUCCGGGAGCGAUGGGGAGUUUACGAUUCCUCCGAUACCGGGAGCCUCGGGAGUUGUGUCCGCGGAUUCGACGACCAACCCGACGGGUCAGACGCACAACAACAACAGCCACCUCCAGCUUCUCCAGAUGGCCAGCAUGCAGAUGGCGGCGUCCGUCAAGGGGGAGAAGGAGAACCAGGACGCCAUCUUCCAGCAGCUCUACUCCCUCGGCAACAACAGUUCCUAUCCACCUCAAAACCAAUUUCUCCACAACUCCAUGUUUAGUGCGAACGGAGGAACUGGAGGACUACUUCUAGAUACGGGCGCAGGACCAUCAUUUCUGCCACUUCCGGCUUCAGUGUUAGAGCAGGUGGCGGCCGGAAAUUCUGAUCCUGGCGUGACAACGGUACGGAUGCCCGAGGUGAUCGCGAACCCGCGACUGGCGGAGUUUCCCGGUCGCGAAAUUGACGUCGAGGUGUGUUUCGUGUGUAAAAAGUGUCGGGUCGCGUUUCCGGGCGAGUCGCCCUUACUCAUACAUCAGAGGCAGUGCUUCAGUGGUUGCCUAGAGAGUCGUGGUGCUUUUCGGAUAGUGCAGUUCGGUUACGAGUGCAAAUAUUGCUUGGGCGUUGAACGCUUUAAGUCAUUUCAAGAUUUCCGAAGGCACUGCGAGAGCGAGAUACACAUGAAAACGGCAAAGGUGAGUUCGUCGUCGCUACCGCCACCGUCGGAAUCGCCGCUGAGUCACGAGAUGGAGGACGUGGUGAAUCAAAUAACGCUGCUUGCCGCGAGGGCGGCGCAGGAGGCACGUCCGGACGGUGGUCGCGUGUUGGACUCUAAUACGUUUUGUCAGCCGCCCGAUCCAACAAAGCGACGUUUUUUGUCACCCGGAGACGUUGCGCAGCCAUUGACGAGUGCCGGGCACUGAGCCACCUCCACGUUCCCGAUAUUAUGACGUUGUUAAAUUCAUGUAAAACCCCGGUCGCGUUCGACUACCCACGAUAACCUUAUUUCUUACAAUCAUACGUACAGUUCCUACCGUGGGUGAUCGGAAGCGGCCGUUUCGCAUAGGAACUCGAGCCGAAACAUGGCGUUCUACUAGAACAAUGAAAUACGAACUCCAACUACCAGUUUUAAACUUAAUAAGCAAUUUAAAUAAUACUUUAUAUUUACAGCUGAUCUAUAUUUUUAAACGUUAUAUCGUAGAUGUGUCAGUGUAGUUGUAUAAAUGUUGUAUAGUCGAGUAGGUCCGAUGAUUCCUAUUGCAACGUAUAGUUACUACGACAAUGAGUGUUUCAAAUGUCGCCUAAGUAUAUAAAUACAAAAAAGAAUAUACUGUUGGCCGGAGUAAAGUGUACAUAGAUAGAUAGGUAGGGUAGACGCAAGAGUUCCUCAUAAACGAUUUUUUCUAAACCGGCGCGUGCCGGUCUAACAAACUACGACAUAAACAAAAUGUUCCUAUCGAGAUGUAGUUGAUGUACUGCAUGCGGCACUCUAGUGAGGGUCCAAAAAAAAGCCGCAGCCGGGCCCGGGGCUGGGCCCGGGCCAUCUCACGGCAGCCCAGUAAAACAAGUUCCUAUCGUCCACGUCCGACAGUUCCUCAACAGCUACUCGCAUAAUCGGGCGUGGGCAACUUUUUUUAUUGAUUAUUAUUACUAUAAAUUAUUACAAAAAAUCUUUUAUUAUUAUUGACACAUUAUUGAAAGUUAAUAAUAAGACAAAUGCUGUAUUUAUCAUAUAUAUGUAUAUGUAUAUCAGCUGGUAAGGUACGCGGGGCCGCACCCCCACGUUCGCUUCAUGGAUCACCCGUCAUCCCACAAAUCUGGUACUUUCAUGCCAGCAAAAAUGAAAAUUGGUUCCUACUAAUUGCUAAUAAUCGAUUACUUAUAUGGUGUUUAAGUAAUAAUAAUAUAGUUAUGUUUUAAACGUUGGUUUUCACCGGCAUUGUACGUAUAUAUAGUAGUAGAAAUUAUAUUUAAAAUUUUAAAUAUAAUCUAGGUUUACGUAUCCAAAAGAACUCAAAACUGGGAAAUACCUCGGUAUGACCUGCCUCGCAUUUUAGUGAGUUUAUUUGGAACUAAGUGUGAUUGUUGAUAUAGCGCGAAUCCGGUGCCGGUGAAGCGGUGCUUGCUAUUAUAUAUACAUAUAUAAAGAAAAACACCCCCACAUAUCGACUUCUAACGCCUGACACCGAGCUUUCAAUUACGUUCUUUUCUAAGCGGGUGAGCUUUUACUUGGAGAAAAAAUCCAUCCCUUUACCUCAUCAUCCGGCGGCACCGCUUUCGCCACCCCGGUAUACCUCGCAACUAGCAAUGCUAAGUGAAUGUGACACGUGGAGUCUUAAACGAGCUACCACCUUCUGACGUAUAACACGAUUAUUAUUACUAUUCAUAUUAUUAUAUUAUUAAUUAUUGCAACUAUAUUUAGGGCAGUCGGUGUGUAAUAUUUGCAAAAAUUGAUUUUUUCGUAUAUUGAGGACUUUGUGUGUCCGUAACGUGGUUCCUAAUAUCUUUCAUAUCGCAAAUUUAUUGAUGAUAAAAAUUUAAAUAAAAAACACUUACUUUUUAUACAAAAAAUACAAAUUUUUGCCAUUCGAGCUCUCUAGAAUACUCUCUGUGUUUGUGUUGACCCUAUCACUAACAUUUGUAACAUCCUGUAUAGGCUGAUUUUUUAACAAUUGUGAUACGAGAGUAUUGCAAGAAAAAACAUUGUGAUCGGUUGGUGAGUCAUUCUCUCAUGCAUUAUCUUCACGCUUUGGUUUACAAAGAUGCAUCCCACUUUCUCCUCUCCUGUUAUCUAUUCCCGCAUGUUUUAUUUCUUUUGGAUUUUGUUUUACUGGUUUAUUUUUACGUUUUUGUGCCGUUUCGGACCCAGCACCGUUUUUUUGAGUUUUGUUAAGUUCUGCGUGCAGUUUAUCCUACACCCUAUUUGUCGGCUAUUGUGUUAAUUUGUUGUUAUCCUGUUAAUUUUGUAUAAAUGUUGUUACGUUGCCGGCAAACGACGUGUAUGUAUAAAGCCAGUAUAUAUUUUUAUUUGUAAGAGGAACAUAUCUCAAUUAUGCAGUAGUUUGGUUUGCAUCUUUGUAAAUAAUAUUUCAAUUCGCGCCUUAGUUUUUGUAAUUUUUAGCUUUAAGUUGUAUAAAUUAUUUUUUAGAGAACAAAAAAGCUUUUUGUAGCGAAAGCUAAUAUUUAAUUUACGCUGCGCUAAGACUUGAAACAGUGAUUUAGGUUAAGUUUGCAUAAUAUUAAUUGAAAAACAAUUAAGAUAAUUUAUUUUUCGUUAUGUGAUGUACAUAUAAAUAGCUAAGAUAAUUUAAUGACUGUGUAUGUGUGAGAGAUAUGUUCAGCCAAUCUCGUGAAAAGGAAUUCUUUCAGUUUCAUUGUUAAAAAAAUGCUUUAUUUUGUAUACGAACUGUUUGCUAAAUUUAGAUUUAAUAAUGGACUGUUCUUUAUAAAGGAAAAUCAGUUUUUAUUUUGCACAAAAAAAGAACGUUUGGUUUCAUUUGCAGGACAAUUAAAAUCAUGAAUAUUAAUAAUAAUAUUUAAUAGGUAAAUGUUUGUAUCCUACGGCUUGAGCCGCCUCUCAAUUUGUGAGUGUAUAUGAAAGUCAAAUAAACUACAUAGUUUAUCAUAAA